GGCAUGCUGCGCGGCCAAUUUACAACGUUGACGGCACCAAUCAACGCUAAAAUGCCCAGAAAUUGCCGCACAUCGCUCGUUACGGUCGUCGACGUCGCAGCGGCAGCGAGAAAAUAAUAAAAUAUUCCGCACAACAACAACAACACACACAUACGAAAACGAGAAGAUUGUAAAAUUGAAGUGUGUAGUGCAGAAUUAAAUCUAAUUAUAACAAUAAUAUUAGUGCAAUCGGCAAAUAGAACGGGAGCGGUCGUCGGCGCAUAGCAAGAAGAGUUAAUUAGUGGCAAAAAAAUUAACGAUUUUUGAAACAACACAAGCGUGCGAGCAAAAAACCAAACUUGAGCCUGAACAGCGGCACACACUUGCGUGUGUGCGUCUGUGUUUGUGUGUGGGUGGCGUGGUCGUGGUCGUGGCUGCGGUGGCAUGGGCUGACGUUCGACGGUGGUGGUGACAAAACAAGCAACAAAAAGCGUCAUUGUCUUUGUUGUUGUUGUUUCAGGUGUAGUUGUAGUUGUAAUUGUUACAAAGCAAAUAUCUGGCGCACGAUAAGGUGAGGCAAACGCAUACGUAAUGGCUAAUCAAGUGGAUGCCAAUGUCAAGGACGAUCUGAAAACACAGUUUGUAACGCGCGAGGGCACUUAUCGACUGCUCACCUUAUCCGAAUACUCUCGCCCCAAUCGUGUGGGUUAUAGCAACAAUCAGAGUUCCCCGCAGGUGCGCGUCUCCAUUGUAACGCUGCCAAAUCUGGCGCAUGGCAGCAAACCAAACAGCGAUACAGGUGGGGCAACAAAUGCAGCGACGGCAGCAACAGCAACAACAGCAAACACAACGAGCAAUAGCCGCACUUCCAAUGGUGCAACACAACAUGCCGGCACAACGGGAGCAGCAACAACAACAUUGGUGACCGCAAACGGCGGCGGUGCCGGUGGUGAUAACAGUACUGUGGACGCACGUCUCGGUGGUGGCAUAUCCAUGCAUUCGAUGAUGAAUGGCGGUGUUGUGGACCAGAACGGCCUUGCGGCCAGUCAAAUAUAUGGUGGGGAUCGCAUAUGCUUCAACUUUGGAAGGGAUCUCUAUGUCUAUGCAUUUCGUGGUGUCAAAAAGGGCACCGAGAUGAGCAAGCCCAUUGAUAAGAAAUUCUACAAGGGCACCAAUCCUAGCUGUCAUGAUUUCAAUGCGAAUGCAGCUACGCCUUCGGGUGCGCCACUGCUUGUCGGUUUCACAACGGGACAAAUACAAUUGGUAACACCGCAGCUGGGGCCUCGAGAGCUGCGUAAGCUUUUUAACGAGGAGCGCCUCAUCGACAAGACCAAAGUGACCUGCCUCAAGUGGCUGCCGAAUUCGCCGCAUCUGUUUCUCGCCUCACAUGCCUCCGGUCAUUUGUAUCUGUACAACGAGGAGCUGCCAUGCACGGCAGCAGCGCCCAACUAUCAGCCCUUCAAAGUGGGCGACGGCUACACUAUACUGACCUGCAAAUCAAAAUCGACUCGAAAUCCGCUCUACAAAUGGGUAUUCAGCACUGACAACUGUUGCAUCAACGAAUUCUGCUUUUCACCCUGCGGUGCCAAUUUGGCGCUGGUCUCACAAGAUGGCUUCCUCCGCGUCUUUCAUUACGAUACCAUGGAGCUGCUGGGCAUCGCGCGUUCCUAUUUCGGUGGCUUUUUGUGCGUCUGCUGGUCCCCCGAUGGCAAGUACAUUGUGGUCGGCGGUGAAGAUGAUCUCGUGACGGUGUGGUCGCUGCAGGAGCGUCGCGUAGUUGCGCGAGGUCAGGGCCAUCGCUCGUGGGUCUCGGUGGUGGCCUUCGAUCCCUAUACCACAUCCUAUACGAAUUGGGAUGGCGGUGAUUUUAGCGACGAUGAGAAUCAGAUGCACGAAUAUACGGCAUCGCGGGAGGCACGUUUCUCAGGCGAUUCGACGGGCAAUGGUUUCGAUGGGUUUGACAAGAACUUGACGCCGCUGCUCGCGUCCGGACGUCAGGUCUCCUCCGGUCGUCCGCACUCAUCGUCAUUUCGAUCGGAUGCCUCGUCGGCGGCGCUGGCGCCCGACAAGCUUGCCAUCAGCUAUCGCCUGGGUUCGGUCAGUCAGGAUACGCAAAUAUGUCUCUGGGACAUCACGGAGGAUGUGCUCCGGCAUCCAUUAACCAUGCGACAGCGUGUGAAUAGCACACAGCUGAAUGAUACGAGUUACAUGAAUGGCGGCGUCGAUGCGGAUGGCAUCAAAGUGAUUCGGCCCAUAGCCAUGGGCUCCGCCGCGGGCAGUCCCACCAAGGAGGCGGCCACGUCAGCGGCGGCAGCCGAGAAUAGCAAUAGCAGUUCCAGCAAGUUCUCCACAGCUAACUGUACAAUAUCCUCGCAGUCAUCGAAUGCCAAUACGCCGCCCGAUGAAUGCGACUCCACCGCCGUUUCGCCCCCCACUGUGGCGGCAGCGCCCACGUCCAAUAAGCCCAGCAAGUCACAUGCCAACAGCAAUUCCAUUAAGUUUCCCAACUGCAUUAGCGCGACCAAAUCAGACAGUCUGGAUGGUGGCAAUGGACAGCGUCCGGCAAACUCGAAUUACUCCACGUCCGGCUACAACAGCAAAACAUCAAAUAGUUCGACCAAAUCCUCCAAUUCUGGCAGCGGUUUCUCAGCAUUCAAUAGCCUCACGCAACGUCUGUCGAAUUUUAGUUUCCUAAGCAAUUCAGAGAGCAAAAAAUCAGCCACAAUUAGUGGCAGUGUUGGUGGAGGGUACGAGGGCAGCAACUCCACCUCCCAUCGCCAACAUCGCAAGGCCAUGAGCAUACUCAAGUCGUAUAAUCAACACAACAGCAAUCAUAGCAGCAAUCACCACAACAACAACAGCGGCAACAGUUCCAAUUUUGCCAACUCCACAACGCUGGAGUUGAGUGGAGUCAGCGGAAGCGGAGCUCCACCCAUUGGCAGCAGCUCGACGGCGCAUAGUUUCGGUUCACUGAAGUUAAGCAAAUCGUCGCACAAUUCCUCGCUAGUGGCAGCUGCACAAUCCGCAGCGGCCAGCGUCAACUCCUACGAUCCCAUGAAGCUUAUCGGAACGCCCGCCUGCCCACGUUUCGAGGAGUGUCCGCUUCUGGAACCGCUGGUGUGCAAGAAAAUCGCACACGAACGCCUAACAGCGCUUAUCUUUCGUGAGGAUUGCUUUCUCACAGCGUGCCAGGAUGGUUUUAUCUACACAUGGGCGCGGCCUGGUUACGCAACACAUGUCGCCCAGCAUCUGUCACCGAGUCAAGCGGCGCCUCCGGGCGGCACGGUAAUAUAGUUCGAUAAAGUGAACAUGAUCAACUAUCAGCGAAAUCUUGUCAAGCAGAAGGCAGCGGGCCCAGCAGGAGGCGGUGCAGUUGGUGAUUUAGGUUAGAGCUAGUAGUAUAUAUGAUUUCAAUAUCAUUUUAAUAUAGACCGUUUAAAUUGGUUCUUAAGUUGCGUCUUCUUGUAUUCCAAAUAUAGCCCAAAUGGGUUCAUUGUACACACACACAAACAUACGCAUACACACACACAACACAUACAUAUAUAAAUUAUAUAUAUUUACAUAUAUAUACAAUAUAUAGCUAUGUACAACAUACCCACUGGUACCCACAACAACAACUACAGCAUAAAAGGCAACACAGCAGCAACAGAACAAAAAUGUUAAUUUAACUUUCAAUAUUAUAUUUAUAUAUAUUUA